AUCACAUUCUCUCUCAUUUCUAAAAUAGCCCACCUCGAGAUAAUGCCUUAUUACGAUAAAUCUUUCUUUUUUUUCAGUGACACAAGGUGCAUGUCAGCAGUGGCCGCUUUAUAGCCUAUUUAGGACACCUCUUAUUUCUAAGCAGAGACGGUGUCUCGGGGGUUUGAGACGAGACAGACAGAAUAUUGUGUUCUGUUUAUGACUGAAAUGUUAUUCCUUACUGAAAGAAUGGGUUCAUUGUCAUAUAUCACAUUCAAUGGGUCGAUGAUAUGUGCUCUUAUGUGUUCACAUGCGUUUUAUUUCCAGUCCAGACAAAGAAUGACGAUUGGCCAAAUGAAAUAUGUAUAUUUUUAUUGAUAUAUGUCUGCUCAUUCAGAGAUAUGUAAAUAAUAAAACAAAAAUUAUUUAGCCAUUGUUAUGUCAUACAGUAGGCUUAAAUGCAAAGUUGACUGAAUAAAAUGCCCAAACCACAGUGCGGUGGGGUGAGCAGAGCUAUUUUAUGAUACUUGAUAUUCUUUAUUUGGAAAACAAAGGGAUGGGUCAACCUUUUCAGGUUACAAUGCAAGUGUUGCAUAUAAUCAUAGACUUUAUUGCAACAUAUUCUGAUAAUUAUAGUCAUCCGAAUAUUUAAGCAUAUUCGACUAUGGAAGCAAAAUUCUAGGCUCCACUUUCCAUUCCUAUUGUUGUAAUAUGGAGAAAUUAUUAAACGUGUCCACAACAUAUGGGGUUGGAGAAAGCCAAAAACAAAUAUCAAAAUAGCACGUAAAUUAAAUUUAGAUUAUAAUAUCAUAUUACAUUGCUGUUUAAAGACGCGAGGGGCCGCAAGUUUCUUCUGGCUGUCUUGGCAUUCAAAGCUCUAUUGCCUAUCCAACCACAUAUUUUAUUUGCUGUUCUGAGGUCUUGAGCAGAAACACGGAAUACAUUUUUGUUUUGAUUGACCUUAUGUAUCUGGAAUUGUUUUCUACAGGAUAACCCGGUGUAUGCAUAUGUAGGUCACAGGCUUAUAUUUGGCACAUUAUAUCCUGCAUACUACUCAUACAAAGCUGUCAAGUCAAAGGAUGUGAAGGAAUAUGUAAAAUGGAUGAUGUACUGGAUAAUAUUUGCCCUAUUCACCACCACGGAAACCAUCACAGAUAUAUUUAUCUGUUGGGUUCCUUUCUAUUAUGAGCUGAAGAUUGCCUUUGUGGUAUGGUUACUGUCUCCCUACACAAAGGGGUCCAGCGUUCUAUACAGGAAGUUUGUUCACCCAACACUUUCCUCAAAAGAAAAGGACAUUGAUGACUAUCUCUGCCAAGCAAAGGACAAAAGCUAUGACACUCUGGUGACUUUUGGGAGGAAAGGUUUGAAUGUGGCAGCCACAGCUGCAGUACUUGCUGCGACAAAGAGCCAAGGAGUACUGUCAGAUAGACUGCGAAGUUUCAGCAUGCAGGACUUGUCCGCCUACCAGUCCGACCCAACUGAGAUGGACCCUGGAUCUGUCCACACCCAGUCUGCAGCUGGACAACAAAGGGCCAGGACGAUGAUGCGCAGCAAGUCAGAGAUCGGCUACACCAAGGGGCAGGACUUUGACAUGACUGAAUAUGAGGUGUUGAGCUUCGAUCAGUGUGACACCAAGGAACCACUGUCCCAUCCUAUUACACCCCCCGAACCCAUGACUGAACCCACACCCCCUCUGACCAUCCAGUCCUCUCUACCCUCUCCACCUCCAUCCCCUGCUCCCCCAGCAACAGAGCAGACUGAGGACAUGAGGAUAGGGGGGGAAACAUCCACAAGCUCCCCACAGCUCAGGUUGAUUAAGAGGAAGGUACCUGAGCCUCCUCCUAGAGUCUUAAGGCCUCUCACAAGAUUCAGGAGUGCCCAGCUGUCUUCAAACAGAGAGGCCAUGUGAUAUUCUGUGAAUGCUCCCAAGACUGCUUUAGCUGCGAGGGGAAGAGGGUAAAUAAGGAAAUGUGGCCUAAAGCUAAAUGUAUAAAGCAGCCUUGUUUUAGAAUAAGGAAACCAAAGUGACUUGUGAAAGUCUAUACACCCCUUGCACAGUAUUCACAUUUUGCGGCCAGAACAUUUUAUCAAAAAAUUCUGGGGCUCUACAAAUCUUACUAAACAUUUUCAAAGUGAAAGAAAGUUAUUAUUAUUGCAAUUGUUUUUCAAAUUAGAUAAUCUACAGUAACAAAACAUAAAUACAGCAACAAGUUACAUUGGUACUAUCCUAGCUGUUUGACAAAAAAAAUAAGAAUAAAUACUAUGUAAGUAAGUACAUAACAUCCCCUACCACGUUUAGAAUGGGCCAUAACUUCCCCUACCCAGUUUAGGAUGGGCCAUAACCUCCCCUACCCAGUUUAGGAUGGGCCAAAACUUCCCCUACCCAGUUUAGGAUGGGCCAUAACAUCCCCUACCCAGUUUAGGAUGGGCCAUAACCUCCCCUACCACGUUUAGGAUGGGCCAUAACAUCCCCUACCCAGUUUAGGAUGGGCCAUAACAUCCCCUACCCAGUUUAGGAUGGGCCAUAACCUCCCCUACCCAGUUUAGGAUGGGCCAUAACAUCCCCUACCCAGUUUAGGAUGGGCCAUAACCUCCCCUACCCAGUUUAGGAUGGGCCAUAACCUCCCCUACCACGUUUAGGAUGGCCCAUAACAUCCCCUACCCAGUUUAGGAUGGGCCAUAACCUCCCCUACCACGUUUAGGAUGGCCCAUAACAUCCCCUACCCAGUUUAGGAUGGGCCAUAACCUCCCCUACCACGUUUAGGAUGGCCCAUAACAUCCCCUACCCAGUUUAGGAUAGGCCAUAACCUCCCCUACCACGUUUAGGAUGGCCCAUAACAGCCCCUACCCAGUUUAGGAUGGGCCAUAACAUCCCUAACCCAGUGAGCAUGCGAUGGCGGGGUAUCUGACUUCCACUUAAAAAUAAUAAGUGGGUGGGCCGGAAGAAACGAGAAGGCUAUGGCCUCUGCUUGGGUGUUACAGAAAAUAAGCUCUUCGGGGGCUACCCCGAAAAUAGCGACAGAGGGAUCUGGGGCAAUUUCCUUAUUGCAUAUAUACGAGAAAGUCUCAAAGAUAGAGGACCAAAAUGGAACUAGUGUCGGGCAUGACCAGUACAUGUGAUACAGUGGCGGGUGGCUGAUGACAUCUAGAGCAGGUUGGGUCUAUAUCUGGAUGCAAUCUGGUAAUCUGCAAAAGUGUAGGCGAUUAAAUACUUGAAACUGUAGUAACCCAGGAUUGCAGAAUGCAGGUGAUAUCGGAGAUCUCGCUUCCAAACUCUUCCUCCCAUGAAUGCUGUACAUGGUCAAGAGUGGGGCAUGCAAUAUUAUGAAUAAUGUCAUACAGCAUAGCAAUGUGUCCCUUUACUUAGGGAUCCAGGUUCAAACAUAAUCAAGCCAGCUGGUGGGUGGGAGGGAUGGGAGAAGCUUUUUUGUAAAGUUGCGAAUCUGCAGGUACCUGAAGAAAUGUGUCUGGGGUAUACUGUGCUCUCUAACUAGAUGUUCAAAGGGGAUAAAUACACGGUCAUGGAAAAGGUCUGUUACACUCUUCAAUCCUUUCUGAAACCAUAGCUGGAAGGCUGUGUCUAUGAAGUAGGUUGUGAAGAGUGGGUUGGAAAUAAAAGGCAUGGAUGAGAUAGCUUGUCUAUAUCCAAAGUGGAUCCUAAACUGAGACCAUAUACUUAGAAAAAAGGGUUCCAAAAUGGUUAUUCGGGUGUCCCCAUAGGAUAACACUUUUUGGUUCCAGGUAGAACCAUUUUGAGUUCCAAGUAGAACCCUCUGUGUAAAGGGUUAACUGAAGAACCCUUUUAGGUUCUAGAUAGCACCUUUUUUUUCUAAGAGUGUAUCCAGAUGUAACUUUUCAUAAUAGUGUUGUUUGAGUGGUAUUAUUUGCUCAAUGGUAGGGUGGCACAGACUAAGGAGACCGGGGAUGAUGUUUGACAUGCUUUUCCAUAAAGGACCACACCAUUCCUUCCCCAUCUAACAAUACAGAGACCCAAAAGGUUAUCUUGUGACUAUUGGGAGCCCAGUAGUAAUGGAGGAAAUUGGGUAGGGCAAGAACCCCCUCUCCUUUCUGUUUCCAAAAAUUAAAGUAGAGAUGUCUAUCCAGUAAAAAGUUAGAGCAAAACCUGCCUCAGUCUUCUGAAAACCUAACUCUUCACUAGAGUUGUAUUUUUCCAUGGGACAAUGACAUACAUUUAAUAACAAAGACACACAAGAAUGGCUUUCCAAGAGGUGUUGAGUGUCAUGAAUAGUCCAAUCUCCAUCCUGACUUAAAUCGGCUUAAAUAUUCAGAGACAAUAUUGCUAUCCAUCAAUGAUUCCCAAACUAAUUUACUGAGCUUGAGCAAUUUUUACAAAAACAAUGGAUAUAUGUUGCCCUAAGAGUUGUGCAUAGUUUGUGAAAUCUUGUAAAAAAUUUGAUUACAUUUUAAGGCAGCAAAAUGUGAUGACUGUGCACGGGGUGUGUAGACUUUCACUAGCGACUGUAGGACCUCUGGCAUAUACUGUAGUGUAAAGGAGACAGAGGGUGUGUGCCAUCGAGGUAGCACACACACACACACACACACACACACACACACACACACACACACACACACACACACACGAGUGGAUUCCAUAGUGUACAGACAUUUUGGAUUGAUUUGUCGGUCAUUGAAUACUUUUCGUAUGUAUGUACUGUGUGUGUGUGAUAGUGUUUUUUAAAUAUUACGUUUAGAGACAAAUGCAUGUAUGUGUCUCUGGUCAUUUGUCAGGUGAUGUGUCAUAAAACAUAAUGUAUAGUCACUGAAUCCUUUUGUGGCUACUUGGUCACUGUAUGGGAUGGAAUCAGUCACCAGGAGAGUAGCAGGGUACAAUACUCUGUAAUGAAACAUUUUGGUUUGUAGGGAGAUCUUUUGAGCUGGCAAAUACAAUCUGUACUGACAAUUUAACAGGACACAGAAUAUUUAAAAUAAUUGUCCAGUCAGGUUAGUAUAUCUCCUCAAAUGUGGUAUUUAUUUAUGAGAGAGAAUAGCAAUUGUAGGAUUGCUGAUUAUUAUUAUUAAUCUACUGGCAAUGGAACUAAGUGUCAAAGUAUGAGUAAAUUGCUCUAAGUUUCACUCGUUACGUUAGUUUAUAAAGCCUUAAACCAUAAAAACAAAACAUUAGGUCUGGUACUACAGAAACAGUCAUAUCGGUACUCUGACAAAUCAUGAGCAAUUCCAUGUGGCCAUAACAAUUACUAAUGUCGUUGACUAUGGGCCCUAUGCACUAUGUUUAGAGUUAGUGCAACAACUGUUCUAGUACCAUGAAACACUAAUCACCAUGUUAUAGAUCAUUACCAAAACUAUUAUUACAUGGGAUUAGUUACUAUUCAAAUAAAUAAAUUGCUCUAAGGAGCAGAAAUAUUGACAUUUGACUUUUCAAGCUCGUUAUGAAUUAUCUGGCAUUGAGGUGUCAUUCAAUUGUUUUGUAAAUGUUUGUAUUACUCAUGUCUUAUGGCAUCGCCAUAAAUGUUUGUAUUUUCAGGUUUAGCACACAAAACAUACUUUGACGUGUAUAGCUAUUGUAUAACAAAAGAUAGCCAGUGGCAAGGGCUAUAUAGGUGGCCCUUCUCAGAGUCUAAAAACACUGAGCAAUUGUCAACUCAUGGUUCUUACUUAAGUCUACUUUUCUCAAUGUAGCCACAAUUGUUGACCUGUCUUUUCCCAGCCAAUGUGCCUGUUGCCUAUUUCUGUGAGGGCAUAGCAAUUCCUAUAGGCAGGUUCCUAACCUUCUGUAAAUUACAUGAAUAUUGGUGAAGUGUUUUUGCCAAAGGUAGUGACAUAACGUCUAUGUCUAAAAUGAACAUUUCUGCACUGUAGGUAUGUGAAUUAACUUGGCUAUUACAUAAUGUUUCACUAAAUAUUAUGCUUGGUGUUUGGGCAGCAUACAUUUUUGUUCACUGUUUUCAAUACAGUAGCUUAAAUUACAAAUGGAAGCUUCUCCUCAGGUACGUGUUCAGUUUACACAUCAAACACUUUCUGGUAGAAACAUUUUGGUAUAAACUUGUUUGCACAUGGAAUAUCAGUAAGAGGUUCCUUCUAAUUGGGCCAUUUUCUUUUAGGAUAUAAGUUAUUUAUGGACAGAGAUGUGACCUGUGGUAAAGUUUUAAAUCCUUUUUUGCGAUGUUCGUGUAGUUUCAGUUGGAAUGUAUCUCCUUUUCAAAUACUAACAUAAAAAUAAUAUAAAAAAGUGAAUCAUUUCGGCUGGAAAAGGAAAGUCAUCAUUGCAUGAUGUUUGUUAUUUAGUAAAUAUGAGAAUGAUUUACUACUUUGCAUUGUUUGGAUUAGUGUAUAGUUAUUUGCUUCAUCGAACGCCUUGCUGAUAACAUUGAUUCUGAAGUGUCUGAAUGUUCUUUUCCUUAUUAUUUUGAAACGCUAUGUGGCAAGGUCAGGAAAGUUCUUCUCGUGGACAAAUACACGUCUCUACAACUUGGAGUCAAAUAAAUUGUUUGAGGAGCGUGUCUUAUCUCUAUGGAUUAAAACGCCCACAUUCCUCUCUUCUCUCUGUUGGCCUUGGCGUAAAAAGUCACUUCUGGCAGGCCAUAAUCACUCACAAUGCUCAAACUUUAUUGUGAAUAUCAGAAAAGAAAGAUGUAAAAAAGUCAGGAAUGAUGGUCUAAAAUGACUGUAUAUGAAAAAUGCUUUCUCUGUAUCACAGUAGGUUGGUGGCACCUUAACUGGGGAAGACAGGCUCGUGGUAAUGGCUGGAGCGGAAUAGGUGGAAUGUGUCAAAUACGUCCAUUCGAUCUGUUCCAGACAUUAUUAUGAGCCGGCGUCCCCUCAGCAGCCUCCACUGCUCUGUAUCAUCAGUAUUUCUGUUGGUGAACUGAUAACAGCCAAUAAAUGAGACAAUGUGCUGCGGUG